AUGUCUGAGUGCAGGCUUUCUCCAGAGGACGACUGCUCUUCUCUUCUCUCUCGGCUCGGUUCAGACUCGCCUCGUCCUCGGAUGAAGUAUGGAGGGAUGUUCUGCAACGUCGAGGGAGCUUUCGAAAACAAAACCCUGAACUUCGAAUCGUUCAGUCCGCAGACGCAGCGGCGCCGAGUCCGAAGCCGGACAGAUGAUGGUGACGGAGGAGAAGGAGGACAAGGUCAGACGGUGGUGUUUCCCUCCAGACACACCCAAGAAAACUACAGCAAGAGACAGGGCGACCGUCUGAUCAUCAAAGGAGGAAAGGUUGUCAAUGACGACCAGUCGUUCUACGCUGACGUCUACGUGGAGGAGGGAACCAUCAAACAGAUCGGUGAGAACCUGAUUGUCCCGUCUGACGUGAGGACGGUGGACGCUUACGGUCAGCUGGUGAUCCCCGGAGGCGUGGACGCCAACACCAGUCUCCUCGCUCCGCAGAAGGGCCUGAGCCCGACGGAUGGUUUCUACCAGGGAACUAAAGCCGCAGUGUCCGGGGGAACCACCACCAUCAUCGACCAUGUGCUGGUGGAGCCGGGCACUAGUUUACUGUCAGCGUUUGAUCAGUGGAAGGAGACGGCAGAGCAGAGGGCGUGUUGUGACUUCUCUCUUCACCUGGACAUCACUCGCUGGCACGACGGACUUUACGAGGAGCUGGAGACGCUCGUCAAAGAUAAAGGUGUGAACUCCUUCCUCUUCUUCAUGUCGUACAAAGAUAAAUAUCAGAGCUCCGACUCUCAGCUAUACGAGGCGUUCGGGGUCCUCCGAACUCUUGGAGCCAUUGCCCAGGUCCACGCAGAAAAUGGUGACAUCAUCGAUGAGGAACAGAAGAAGCUUCUGACUUUCGGCAUCACUGGACCAGAAGGACACGUUUUAUCUCAACCUGAGGAGGUGGAGACGGAGGCGGUCUAUCGAGCCAUCACCAUCGCCAAACAAGCCAACUGUCCACUAUAUGUAACCAAGGUGAUGAGCAAAUCUGCAGCAGAUGUCAUCGCAAAAUCCAGGAAGAAAGGUAUAGUGGUUUAUGGGGAACCAAUUACAGCCAGCUUGGCCACUGAUGGCUCUCACUAUUGGUCCAAAGACUGGGCCACAGCUGCUGCCUUUGUCAUGAGCCCACCCAUCAACCCUGACCCAACAACUCCACAGUACUUGACCUCUCUGCUGGCGUGUGGUGACCUCCAGGUGACCUCCAGUGCUCAUGCCAGUUUCUCUACGGCUCAGAAAGCCAUCGGAAAAGACAACUUCACUUUGAUUCCAGAGGGAACCAAUGGGAUUGAGGAGAGGAUGUCGGUGGUCUGGGAUAGAGCUGUGACGACAGGGAAGAUGGAUGAAAAUGAGUUUGUUGCAGUUACCAGCACCAACGCAGCUAAACUCUUCAAUAUGUACCCAAAAAAAGGACGCAUCGCUGUAGGUUCUGAUGCGGACAUUGUCGUCUGGAACCCGAAGGAGACACAAACUGUUUCUGCAAAGACUCACAACCUGACAGUGGAGGUGAACAUCCUGGAAGGUUUGGAGCUUCGCGGCGUGGCUUCUGUGGUGAUCAGUGGAGGUCGAGUUGUUGUUGAGGAUGGAAAACUUAGCGUGACCGAAGGUUCUGGACGCUUUGUCCCCAGGAAGGCUUUCCCUGACACUGUUUACAAGAGGAUCCGAGCCCGCAGCAAGAUGGCAGAGGCUCGCGGUGUUCCCCGUGGAAACUAUGAUGGUCCAGUCCAUGAUGUCAUCAGCAUGACUAAAUCUGUCCCGCACACUCCGACCAGCAGAGGGCACAUCUGUCCAAAAACCCAGGCUGGCCCCCGAAACCUCCACCAGUCAGGAUUCACGCUAGCUGGUGCUCAGAUUGACGACCACAUACCUCGUCGCUCUGCUCAGAGGAUUGUGGCGCCUCCUGGUGGACGAUCCAACAUCAGCUCUUUAUCUUGAAACAACAUCAACACUUACUGCAAGACACAACUAGACCUACCGCAACCUUACAAAUCUUACAACUAUACAACAAUACCCUAUGAUUAGUGCUUCACCCUACUGCUAGACCCUGCAACUAGUACUUCACCAGAACAAAAAAUACUACAAUCUUCAACCAGCACUAUACCUACAACUAAUACCAUACAUUACAACUAGUACUAAAUCUGACAAUGAUUUAUACAACCUACAACUAGUACUACACCUUGCAAGUAGUACAACACCAUACAACAAAUACUAAAAUUGACUGUUAGAACUGAAGUCUACAGCUAGUACUAUGUCAUAGAACUAGUACUACACCAUACAACAAGUAAAACCUACAACUAGUACUUCACAUUACAUCUAGUACGAUAUCAUACAUUUAGUCCUACGUCCUACAGCUAGUAUUAUAUCAUACAACUAGAACUACACCCUAAUCCUUCAAA